AUGCAACUCAAGAGCAAAGAUUUCCAGACAGUGAGCGUGUGGCGUGAUCACCUCCUAGCCAUGGCGACAUACGGCGCGAUGCUUGGGCCUCAACUGGACGGGUACCACAGCGCGUUCGGGGUGCUCAAGUACACGAAUCCCAAACAAAUAUCACUCGCCGGCCAUUUUCUUUUCGAGACUGAUUACUGGGUUCCUGCCAUGUUUGCGCUCGCAUCUGUCAUCCUUGGGAUAUCUUACCCAAUAUUGGACAUGAUUUUCAAGGAAGAAGAGCUUUCAGUUCCAACACCGCCGAAAUCUCUGGCAUGCGUGUCAUUCUUCUGCUUCCAAUAUUACUGUAGCGGGCUGCUGUUUCAGCAGGGAGUAGAGGACGUUUCCCUCCAUCUGAGCCUUGCCAUCUCGGCUGUUGCUUGCUGGUGGAUUUUCGACAGGACGAGGACUGGAGCAAUCAUGUCCAUAGUGACUGGACUCUGCGGGCCAUUGGUAGAGGUAUUUCUCCUCCAAGUUUGGCCAGCCUGGACUGGACAGACCCUCUACGCAUAUUCUGCUCCAGACAUGUUAGGCAUUCCCCUCUGGAUUGCUUGGGUAUACGGUUGCGGCGCUCCUGCUGUCGGUGGAUUAUCCAGGCUUACAUGGAAUUACGUUAGUACUCGAACUCUAAACCGCUAG